CAGGAAGUAGGCCUACUCUUUGGCGUUGGCCAAAGAUUGCUUAGGCUUGAGCAAAAGAUUGUGGGCGUUUCCGAAUACCAUCGACAUUAUCUAUAAAGACUCUUCUCUUACCUAUACUGGUCGCUUGUCAAGGACAGGAACACACUGAUUGACCCAAUGGCAUCCUCAACCCCUUUGACCGAGGCCAACACCACCUUUACCCUGGCCUUGUUCAAAAAGAUCACGGAGGAAAACAAGUCUGGCAAUGUCUUCUACUCUCCUCUCAGCAUCUCUUCGGCCCUGGCCAUGGUGCUGCUGGGUGCACGGGGGAACACCUCCACACAGAUGUCAGAGGUGCUCUGCUUCUCCGAGGCAGAGGGACCCCAGCAGCAGGCUCUUCCAGCACUGGCACAGAUGCAGAUGCAGCAGAGGGCGCCCACCACCUUUCUGCCACCGUUUCUGCUCAAGAGGAUGAAGGGCGAAGAGGAUAUCAACGCCAGCUUCUCCAAACUGCUGAGCGAGCUGAACAAGCCAGACGCGCUGUACUCCCUCAGUCUGGCCAACAGGCUGUAUGGAGAGAAGACUUACCAGUUUGUUCAGGAGUUCCUGGAUGAAACCAGGAAGUACUACCAGGCAGACCUCCAGUCUGUGGACUUCCAAGCCAAGGCAGAGGAGGCCAGGGUGGAGAUAAACACCUGGGUGGAGAAACAGACACAAGAUAAAAUCAAGGACCUGUUGGUACCUGGUGUGAUUGACUCGCUGACCAGGUUGGUGCUGGUCAACGCCAUCUACUUCAAGGGAAAGUGGGACGAGCAGUUUAAGGAGGAAGCCACCAAGGAUACUGCCUUCAAACUGAACAAGAAUGACACUAAGAAAGUGAAGAUGAUGUACCACAAAGCAAGGUUCCCAUUUGCCCUCAUUCGUGAGGCGAAUUGCCAGAUCCUGGAGCUGCCCUAUGAAGGCAAAGAACUCAGCAUGCUGAUCUGCCUGCCUAUGGAAAUUGAGGACGGCACCACCGGCCUGGAGAAGCUGGAAGCGAUGCUGACCUACGAGACCUUCAUGGAAUGGACCCAGCCAGACAGGAUGCGCCGGAGGGAAGUCAAUGUGGGCCUGCCGCGAUUCAAGAUGACCCAGACCUACGACAUGAAAGACCUGCUGGUCAGCAUGGGCAUGGUGGACGCCUUCGACCAGGGCCUCAGUGACUUCUCUGGCAUGUCCUCGGCCAACGACCUGGUGCUGUCCAAGGUGGUCCACAAGGCCUUCGUGGAGGUCAACGAGGAGGGCACCGAGGCCGCCGCCGCCACCGCUGGUGGCGAUAUGAUGUUAUGCCUCAUAAUACCCCCCCGAUUCGUCGCCGACCACCCCUUCCUCUUCUUCAUCCGCCACAACCCCAGCAAGAGCAUCCUGUUCGCUGGCCGCUACAGCUCACCUGAGUGAUGGCUGAGGGUGGGGGGCGGACGGGGCGGGGGGGUGGACACGUGUCUGUGAGAGCCUCCAAUGUGAAGUGCACAGCGCUUGCCUACAUUCAUUAAGUGUUCACUUGUCUUUUAAACUGGAGGAGACCUGCCUUGAUCAGACCGGGUUGUUGCUGCAAAGCUUUGAAAUGUACUUGUUUUUAGUAUUGAGGUAACUCAUGUUGGUGGUAUGCAUUCACAUCCAGUUAAUUGUUGUGUUAACACUGAGUGGAACCAUGGAUUUACUAGCCUUACACACUAGCCUUGCGCUGUAUACCCCCGGUUUGUCACUCUCCAGCCUUAGGUCCCCCAUAUGUAGGCCCAUUCUAAGCUGCUUUAAGUCCUCCACAUAAUAAUAAAUAAUAAUAAUACAUUUAAUUUAGAGGCGCCUUUCAAAACACCCAAGGUCACCUUACAGAGCAUAUAGUCAUCAUAAAUUUUUUAAAAAACAAGACAUUGUGGAAAAAAAUAAAAAAAUAAAAAAAUAAAAAAAUACCUAAUACCUAAAUAAAUAAAUACCUAAAUAAUACCUAAUAAAUACCUAAAUACAUAAACUCCUUUAAUGCAGUAGUUCAGUCAGUAAUGCAGUUUACUUUUCUCUCACAUGCUAGGUGAUGUCAUUAACCGUGGGAAACCUUUAUUUUAAGUGUGUGAAGUUGUGUUUGGCUUACAAAGACAAAGACUAAACAAACGUACCAAAAAAUUAUGAAAUACAUUUUUGGUGGUUAGUUUCUUUGACAUUAUUCCCCAUAAUAAAUUGCUUUUUUUUUUA